GCAGCUCCAGGCGCAGCAGCAGCUCCAGCGGCAGCGGCAGCUCCAGAUGCAGCAGCAGCUUCAGCUGGGUCAGCAACCCACACUGCCUCAAGGUUUUCCUGCUACGCAGCUGACGCCAUCGCUGCUCAUCCCCAACUGUCCUACUCCAGCUAUGAGGGGGCCAAACCAGAGGGAUGCCAGGACUGGUGUGGGGGUAUCCAAGCAAGAGCCAACGCCUGCCAUGAUGCAAGACUACACUGCAGCAACACCGAGAAUAUUUCCUCAUACCUGUUGUCUUUGUAGGAAAGAAUGUUCCAAUUUGAAGGACUGGGUGUCCCACCAGAAUACCGCCCUUCAUCUUGAAAACUGCCAAUUGCUAAGGACACGAUACCCUGGGUGGGAUGGGUGGACACUAGACUUCCUGAGUUCUCCAGGUGAAGGUACUCAACCUGCGCCCUCAACUCUUGGCAAGAAUGUUCAGAACCGCCACCAGAAGUCCUCACGUGAGACCGCAUCCCGUUCACUCAGCCCUCACCGCCAACGUGGGUCAGAGGACAGAAAACGUGGAUCAGAGGACAGAAAGGAAAGACAGGACAGAAGAGAAAAGCGGUUUAGCCCUUAUAGGUCUCGUAGUCCACACUCCUAUGAUGCCUCUGAAAGUAGAAGAGAAAGAGAAAGGAGCAGGUCGUGGUCGCCAGAGACCUCCAGACACAGUUUCAGGUCUCGCUCCCGUUCCUACGAUCGCACCACCUCAUCUUAUCGCCGCUCACGUUCAGGUAGUUACGAGAAGCGACGCCAACGCAGGGAGAGAGAAGCCGCAGCGAAGAGAUCCCAGGAGAGUAAAAAAAUGGCCCAGAAACGCUCGUCACCGCGGAGGAGCCGUGAAAGGCGGUGGUCUCCAGAUAGGUCAGAACCUCGUCGUAGGAGGUCCAGGAGUGCCGAUAGGCUAGCUAAGAGGCUACUGGAAAAAGCAGCUCCCCCUGUUAUGUCUCGGACCAAACAAGCCGAACUGGAAGCCGUGGUUAAAAGUUUGGCCCCCGUCUUACUGGCUGAGUUGGCAAAUUUAAAAUCCUCCACUGCUGCCUCGUCUUCAUCCUCUUCAAAGACAGAAAAGAAGUCUUCUUUUUCUAAAUCAACUAACGCCACGUUAAGCCGUCAGAAAGGCGGGACUAGCUCUUCAGCAAAGGCUACGGUUUCUAGAGCCACAUCAUCCUUCCAUGUGAGUGUCUCUGGAGUUAAUAGAAGUCUUACCUACGAUGACAUAUUCAAAGCCAUGGGGACAUUUGGAAAAGUGAAAUCUGUAAUUUUGUACAGAUCUACUAAACAGGCAAGAGUGGAGUUUGAGAAAGAAGAAGACGCAAAGAAACUGCAGAGUUUAGAGAUCUGCCAAGUGAACGGAUGGCCAGUCGUUGUUGACGGACCGAUGGGCACUGCGUCUAAGAAUCCAGUCUCGACAAAAGAGCAGAAGGCAGCUCCACAGAAAACGUCUGCAAAAUCUGAUAUCACCAAAGGUAAAAAGCAACCUGAGCCCAAAAACACCACAGCAGGCAAACUUGUCACAAAAGCGAAAGUCUUGGUUUCCAAAGCAAAAGGCGUGACCGUGAAUCAGGCAACUAAAACUGUCAAAAAGGCCACUGCAACUGGGAACAGUGCUGGGAAAUCGGUUGCGGUUAAAAGCAGCGCUUCAGGAAAGAAGCCUCAAGCUGAUCAGGCUAAAAAGCCAGUGACAAAAACAAAACCUGCUGGAGACAAUGCUAAAUCUGCAGAGGCACCAAAACAGGCAUCUAAGAUCACGAAGCAGUCAAAGACGACAUCAUCGACCACCAAACCACAGCCCACCAUCAAAGCUGAUCAAGUAUCUGUAAAAGCAUCAUCAGAAGUCCAGCCAAGUACAGAGUCGAAGUCAGAGUCCUCUGCAGAAGCCCAGGAGACCAUAAAUCAUGCUGUGGAACAGCAAAAUCAAUCUACAAAUAAGACAGAGGCACAGGAAGAUUCUGUGCAGAUGGAAACAGAAACGUCAUCAGUGAAUGUAAAGAAUGAGCCGUCACCAAGAGAAACUGGCACUUCUGCUGAUAAAGAGAACAGCCCUGCUGGAUCCACCGCAUCGUCAGCCAGAUGUCCUGGAACAACGGCUGCCGACCUCGUCCAGAUGGAUGAGAACGUCUUUAAGGAGCUGACGGCGGCAAUUCAAAUGCACAGACUCGCUAAAGGAGUCUCGUCUGAAAGCAAGGGUGAAGAGAGCACAACUGACAGCAGGACGACCUGUAAAGAUGGAAAACAGGAAAACACACAACCUAGCAAAGAUAAAAAAGAAGGGAAAGUUUCUUUAGAACGAUUCGAUGAGCUUGACUUUAGCUCUGGAGAUUUUGUGACCGUCGAUGAAGUAAAUGAAGACAUGGAUGUCCCGGGUGUUGAAGGUCACCCCUCUUCAUCUAAGCUGACUCCCAGAGAUAAAAAAGGCAUGCAGAGCUCUGCUGCCAGAAAGUCCUCAACAGGGUCUGCCUCCUCCUCACCCAAGUCUGCAAAAGGCAGCCAGUCUCUUCGCUCCACUCCCGUGUCGGCAAACAAGAAAAAAAGCUUGUCCGAGCCCAAGAAAUCUGAAGCCAAGGGGCAUAAAACUUGCUCGACUGGUCAGAAAGCUCAGUCAAACAAAAGCGAACCCUCAUCCUCAGGUCAAGGUAGCCAUUCAUCAGAGACAAGCAUCAAGUUGUCUGUAAAAGAUCAGCAGGAAAAAAAGGAGAUUGAACAGGCAAAGUCUGACCACAAGGCGCCAGUAGAGAGCAGUGCAGCAAAUAGCGUUGAGGCAGAGUUAAACAGCGAUUCAUCAGCAAAGAUGGAUGUUCCUACAGAGGGACAGAGCUUACAGGAGACCGACUUGAAAGAUGAAACCGUCGAAGAGACGAAAAGCAAAGAGAAUGAAAAGAAAAGUGACACAGAUGGCAAAAGCACAGGCGAGGAGAGGGGCGACGAGAAUAAGCAACUCCUGGAUUCCCUCAGUAGAAAAUCCGAUGAACAGCAAAACAAGGAUGACGCCCAAGACGAAACAACUGUAACCCAAACACCUGAAGUUGAGCAGGACCAGAUACUUCAUCAAGGAGGGGUUCAGGUUGUGGAAAGUACCGAUAAUAACAAAGCCCAGUCGGAUGAAUGCGAUGAAAUGGAAGUGUCUGGCAAGCUGCAGGACGGUACCAAAGACCAGGCGGCUGCUGCUGAUGAUGGAGACGAGGGUCCCUCAAAGAUGGAGAAAGACAAUUCGUCAGAAAAGCAGGAUAUGUCAGUCAAGAAAGAUGAGGCCAGAACAAAGGAGAUUAAGAAGGGGGGAAAGAGUCUUGGGGAUUGCCUGGUGGUGGUCUAUGACGUUCUGGACGCCACUAAAGAUGAUUUAGUCCCAAAGACCUCAGCCGCUGAAGGUUCAGGUAGGAGACGGUCAGCUAGAGGAAACAAAAAACAGACGCCCGCUCCUGUCGAAGAACCCAAGUCUGGCAACGAAGAGGAAACGUUAACAGCUUUAGACUCUGUGGAGGAUGAGAGUCGCAGUGACAAACCGGUGGUGACAAGAUCUACUAGAGGAAGAAGAGAGAACGCUACCAAGAAGGUUGAAGAAAAUACCAAAAAAAGGGAAGACAAGACCCCGACAAGACGACAACGCACACCAGCCAGAGACUCCAAGGAAAAAGACGGAGAGAAAACUCCCAAAGCAGACGUUUUGAGUGACACUGUGGAAACGGACACCAGUAAGGAGACGGAUGGGGUGCAGGAUGACCAGCCGAUCACACAGGAACCAAGGAGGGGUCGACCAAAGAAAGACAAUAAAACAAGUAAAAAACAAACUGAGCCAAAAGGAGAGUCUGUUCGUCAGAGUGUAGAUUCUCUAAAAGAUGAAUGUCAAGAAAGGGAAAGUGAGACAACAGAUGAAAUGGCAGCGGACGUCAACAAUGUUAACACACUUGACCAAACUCCACAAGCGGCGUUUGGAAAGGCGUCACCAAAGACGAAUGACGAAACAGCGGCCGCAACAAUAGAUGAUUUAAUGAACCAGGGCGAGCUGAGCCCAGAAGAGCUGAAGAAAAGGCAAGCCGCUGAAAAAACAGAAAAUGAACAGGAGGAAGGAAGAUCCAUGGAAAGAGAAACCGGGGAGCAAAGGAGUCAAAGCGGUGCCGAUGGAGGAGGAAGUGGGGAAAUGGUGAGGGAUGAAGAGCAGAACCGUGAAGACGUGGAGACGGUGAAAGAAGCCGCUUCUGAGUCCGAGAUCCUAAACGAGAUCGGAGCGAAAGCUGAAUCGGAGGCUGCGACACAGGAGGGGAUGAUCACAGAGGAAGGUCCACAGGAGCUUGUUGCAGAGAAGGAAGAGGAUCAAAAGGAAGAGCAAGGAGCACUGGAAGCCCAAUCUCAGGUUCAGGAGAGUCAGCCAGAGAGUUUGUCAGAAUUAGAUGAAGGUGGUCAGAACCAGAGCAAGAAAACAGAUGAAGAGGAUGCCAUGCAAGCUUCUAGCUCUUCCAAACGUAAACACAACGAUAACACAGAUGUGGAUGAAAGAAAGCCGGAGCCUUCUGGGCCUGAAGCAAAACGAUCCCGUUCUCAGUCUCCAAGUGUCGCUGGGGACCUCCAGCUGCCGCCCUUUAAUCCCCAAAACCCUCUUGGUGAGGAAUUCGUGGUUCCCAAAUCUGGAUUUUUCUGUAAUCUGUGCUCAGUUUUUUAUUUGAACGAGAGCACAGCGAAGAAAGUCCACUGCGGCACCCGGAAACACUACGACAACCUGCUGAAACAUUACAAGAAGCUUCAGCAGGAAACUGGAGGAGCGGCUCAGAGCGUCCAAGACUCGCUCUGAGCGAUCGACCUCAGCUAGUUCUGUACGAUGUUUUCAGCAGCCGCGUGUUCAGUGACGCGCGACGGACCGCCAUGGUGUCAGUCAGCUGACAGUGUUUUUAUUUCAUCUUACGUUUUUUUAGGCCUUUGGGUUGUUCUGCGUUUGUUGGUUUUAGUUGUCUGUGUUGAUCCAGAGCUGCAAACAUCGGCUAAUAUUCUCCUCGUUUAAGUGGGAAGCAGAAACCAAACAGGGUUCUUGUUCAUUCUGGGAAAGGUUGGAGAAGUCUGGAUUUCCAGACCUUGUUUGUCCUGUUGUCCAAAUGUAAUGUCCUUCCUUCUUACUUUCCUUAUCUGUGUCCUUCCUUCUUUUUCUAACCUAGUGCCCUUCUUUCAUUCCUCCUCAUCUUUCUCGUGGCCUUCCUUCGUUAAUCAUGCUGUUUUGUCCUUGGCUUUGCUGUUUAUCAUAUCCUUCCUUUCCCUUCUUGUGUCCAUCCUUCCUUCUUCCAUUGCCAUCUUGCUACCUUUCUUCUUUCUGUUCUCCUUCCUGUCAUUCAUCCUACUUCCCAUCCUUAAUCCAUUUCUUCUUCUGUGUUGUCCACAUCUCUCUUCUUUGUGUCUUUGUUUCCCUGAUUCUGUCCUUCCCUCAUAGUGUCCUCCUUCCCUUCUGUUGUUCCUAAAUCUCUUCUUUAAUUUACUCUUUCCUUCCUUUACUCCUGUCUUCUGUUCUGUCGCUCCUUUCAUGUGUCCUACCUCCCAUUCUUAUAGCUGGCCUACUCCCAGAAAAAUUGGCCACAAAUACAGAGUUUAGUGUUUUAUAUUUUAAAAAGUCUGGACAUCUUGUGUGAUAUAUGUGUAAGAACCCUGAACAAAGGUACCUAGCUCCUACCAUUUUUUAUAUUUCAUAUUUAAUUUAGUUUACCUUCACCGUUUCAUUUAAAAAUUAUCACUUGUUUUAUUUAUUUAUAUAUAUACACACUUGUAGACACAUGAAAACCUACAUGAUAAAUGCCGACUGGACCCUGAGAUAAUUUUGUCGAGAGGUCUGUUUAACUCUUUGUCCAUGCUGUAAGGUUUUCAGUGUUUGCACUUAUUUGGCUUAACUCAAAAUUCAAGUUUAAUUCUGGAUUAAUAAAGUUUAAUGAUCAGAUAUUAUUUUUUUGUCUUGUUUUAGGUUUUAUCAGUUAUAAUGAAUUAUUGAGUAAAGAUUUUCUGAGACACGUUGAAUACA